AUGGCUGAAAAGGAAGAGAAAUUUGAUAACCCUACCCAUCACUUGCACCUUCAUCCUUCAAAUCACCUCGGUAUGGUCUUGGUUACUACUCCACUUACAGAAGACAACUAUGCCUCAUGGAGUCGAGCAAUGCUUCUCGCUCCUGAGGCCAAAAACAAGCUUAACUUCAUCGAUAGUAUGGUUCCUCCACUAGCUUCUAGUUCCUCACCUGAGGCACGACAAUGGAAACAAUGCAAUGUCAUGGUAAUAUCUUGGCUUCUCAAUUCCAUUUCUAAAGAUAUUUCCUCCAGUGUAAUCUAUUGCAAAUCUGCUUAUGUCAUUUGGACCGAUUUAAAAGAUCGGUAUUCUCAAGUCAAUGGGCCACGUCUUUACAAACUUAAACAAGAUAUCAAUAAUCUUAUUCAAGGUUCUCUUUCCUCUAGUGUAAUCUAUUGCAAGUCUGCUUAUGUCAUUUGGACCGAUUUAAAAGAUCGGUAUUCUCAAGUUAAUGGGCCACGUCUUUACAAACUUAAACAAGAUAUCAGUAAUCUUGUUCAAGGUUCUCUUUCAGUUAUAACAUAUUUGGCAAAGUUGAAGGGCUUAUGGGAUAAGUUGGCCAAAAUUUAA